GAAAGAAGGAAAAAAGAUUAUUCAUUCCAAGAUUUCUAUAACCAAAUAUGAGUACGUGACAAAGGCUAAAUGCUUCCCCAAGAAUUCUUCCAUUUGUUUUCUUUUUCUUUUUGUUACUUGUCAGAAACAAUCCACCCAUGGAUUCUUUAUGCUUUACCCUUAGCAUUCUUGAGUGGUUUUGCACCUUUAACUUUUGAAGAAUUCUUUAUCAGAUACAUUACUUCUACAAAUAAUCGAACUUCGAUUCUACAUUUUAAAGUUCUAACUUAUUGUCAUUUAUUUCAGUUUCCUCUCUUUCAAUGCUUUCUUAUGCCUUGUCUUCUUUGCCAUUGAUUGGAACUUUUUUCCUCUCAUUGUAAGAUUGAAAGUCUGUUUGCUCCAUAGAUUUCUUAUUCAUUCAUUUCUAUUCUAUUUCUGGUUUGCUUUGUCUAAUUUAGCAAUUAGUACAAUUAAAAAGAAAAGAAUGGAGUUUCUUACUGGCUUUAAGCAUAAUUAUCAGAGUAAGGUUCAGAAUCUGAAGUCUCAAAUUGAAAGCCUGAAAGAUGAAAGAGAUAAAAUCAAGCAUUCUAGGGGAAAGGGAGAAGAGAUUGAACAUGAUGUCCAGAGUUGGCUGACUCAUGCAGAGGACAAAAUCAAGGAAGAGGAAGAGAUAGUGAAGAAUCUUGAAGCAGAAGCAAAGAAGAGGUGUUUCAUUGGCCUGUGUCCUAAUUUCAAGUCUCUUAACCAGCUCUACAAGGUAGCUGAACAGAAUGCAAAGGCUAUUCUGGAACUCAUUCAACAAGCAGAAUCUUACAAGCUCAAUAAUAAGAACAAUGUUCAGAACUUGGAGAAUCAAGCUGAGGCUGAGAAAAGAAACAGGAUGAUGGAUGUUGAACAGGACAAGGAAACCAAUGAUGUGGCAGAGAAGGUGAAUAAAGUCAAAGAUAACGAAGAGGACAAAAGUUUGGUUGGGUUGGAUCCUAAAUUCAAGUCUGCUAACCAGGUCAGUGCUUCAGCAGAAGAUGAUGGCAAGGCCAUUGGCGGCGAGCUAAUCGAACAACACAGGUUUGGUAGAGGUUUAUAUCCUGAUAGAUCCCAGGAGACAGAAUCUAUGCCUAUCCAACGUUAUAAGGCUUUUGAAUCAAGAAAAGCUACCAUGGAAAAUAUCAUGAAAGCCUUGAAGGAUCCUGAUUUCAAGAUCAUUGGUGUGCAUGGGAUGGCUGGCGUGGGCAAGACCGUGCUCGUGAAAGAGAUUAUGAGGAAAGCCAGGGCAGAAGGCUUGUUUGAUGAGGUUGCAAUGGCAACUGUUUCACGCAAUCCAAACAUUAAAGAAAUUCAAGCAAAAGUUGCAGAUGCAUUAGGCCUGAACUUUGAUGAGGAGAGUGUGUUUGGAAGAGCAAUGAGGCUGCAGCAGUGGUUGAAGAAAGAAGAUAAAAGGGUUCUUCUAGUUUUAGAUGAUGUUUGGCAAAGACUGGACUUAGAAGAAGUUGGGAUUGCUUUUGAAAGUUACCAGAAUAUUGCGAGCAAGGAAGAUCUAGGACCAAUGAUCCAAAGUAUCAAUGGAAACGCUUUUCAGAAAUUAUCUGCUGUUAGACUCAAAAUAUUGCUGACUUCCACAACCCAAGAAGUACUCACCCACAUGAAAACGGAAAUGAAUUUUGAAGUCCAAGUGUUAACCAAUGAAGAAGCAAUGGUUUGGUUUGAAAAAAUCGUGGGCGAUACAGCAAUGCAGCCUGCUUAUCAACAAAUAGUGACAAGAGUGGUGAAAGACUGUGCAGGUUUUCCAGUGGCGAUUUCAGCAAUUGCAGCUGCAUUGAAAAUGCGGGCCCUUAAUAUUUUGGUGGAAGCCUUGCCAGAAGAGAGAAAACCAAUUCCAACGAAAGAAGAAAAUCUGAAAAGUGUGUACUUGACAAUACAGCUGUGUUACAGCUUGUUAAAGAAACCGAAACUGCAGUCACUUUUCCAACUCUGUGCCUUGCUACCGAAAGGUUCUGAUAUUCGUGUGUCUGACUUGCUAAGGUACAAGUUGGGUGUGAAAAUAGCAAAAAACGUAAGCACAUUGGAGAAAGCAAGAAAAAGUGUGAAUAAGCUCAAAGAUGCAGGUUUACUAAGUGGUGACAAUGAUGAGCUGGUGAAAAUGCAUGACAUUGUUCGUGAUGUCUCCAUUUGGAUUGCAUCUGAAGAUAAGCAGAUGUUUGUUAUAGAGGAUGAAAUCCAUCUGGAAGAACUGCUGGAGCAGGGAAAACUCAAAAAUUGCACUGCCAUCUCACUGCCAUUUAGUAACAUUCAUGAGCUUCCGAGCAAGUUGGCAUGUCCCAGACUAAAGUUGCUGGUUUUGCUAAACAAAAAUCCAUCGUUAAAAGUCCCAGAAACAUUUUUUCAAGAGAUCACUGAACUCUUGGUAUUAGAUUUGGCUGGUAUGAAUUUUCCUGUUCUGCCUUCAUCAUUUGUUAAUCUAAGAAAACUUCAAAUGUUGUGUUUGGAUGAAUGUAAGUUGAAUGAUAUAGCAAUUAUUGGGAACUUGAAGGAAUUGAAUGCCCUUAGAAUUCACAGUUCUGAUAUCCAGCAAUUGCCUUGGGAAAUAGGAAAACUAACCAAGCUUAGGUCGUUAGACUUGAGCAAUUGUUCCAAACUUAAGGUCAUUCCAGCAAAAAUCAUAUCAGGCUUGUCUAAUUUAGAAGAACUGCUUAUGUGCAAUAGCUUUGAUCGAUGGGGUGUUGAAGGGAAUGCUAGUCUUAUUGAACUGAAGCCUUUGUCUCGUCUAACUACUUUAGAUUUGCAUAUUCGUUCUGCUCUAGCUUUGCCAGCAGAAUUGUUCUCUGAAAAGUUGGACAGAUACAAGAUUCUGAUUGGGGAGGUCUGGGACUGGUCUGGAAAGUAUGAAAGGAGGAGGAUUCUGAAACUCAAGCUUACUAAGGGAAUUCACUUGGAUCGUGGAGUUAAAGUGUUGUUGCGGAAAACUGAAGACCUAUAUCUAGAUGAAUUGAAAGGCAUCAAGAACUUGCUUUAUGAGCUGGACAGCACAGGUUUUCCACAACUUAAGAAUCUCUAUAUACAAAAUGGUUCUGAAAUUCAGUCCAUUAUUAACUCUACAGAGGUGGUUUCCGGUAAAGCCUUUCCUAUCUUGGAGUCAUUGUUUCUUCAGAAUCUGAUUAACUUGGAGAAGAUAUGUCAAGGCAAACUUGAAGCAGAAUGUUUCAAGAGAAUGAAAAUUAUAAGCGUCAAACGUUGUGAUGGACUGAAGAAUCUGUUUUCAUUCUCCAUGACCAAAAUGCUUCUCCAACUUCAAGAAAUUAAAGUGACAAACUGCAAAAGCAUUGAAGGGAUUGUUGUUGAAGAGAGAGAGGAAAGUACUAGUGUAGCAACCAAUAAAACAGAGUUUUGCGAAUUGCGAUCCUUAACACUGCAACUUCUACCUGAGCUUGGUAGUUUCUGCUCUAAAGAGAAGAGUCAUUCCAUAUAUCAACAGGAACCAGUGAAAACAAGGUCUUGGCUACUUUUCAAUGGAAAGGUUGUGUUUCCUGUCCUUGAGAACCUGCGAUUGUCCUCAAUCAACAUUGAAAGGAUAUGGGAGAAAACAUCGUAUUGCAGUCGGAAUUUGACAAGCUUAGUCAUUGAGGGUUGUGGCAACCUUAAACAUCUGUUUUCACCUUCUAUCAUUAAAGGUCUAUCGCAACUCAAAAGCUUUGCGAUAAUUGACUGCAAGCGCAUAAGAGAGAUAAUAGUUCCAGAGGAAGUACGGGUAGAAGCAAAAGAAGAAGAAGAAGAGGAAGAAGAAGAAGAAGAAGAAGAAGAAGAAGAAGAAGAAAAAGAAGAAGAGGAAGAAGAAGAAGAAGAAGAAGAAGAAGAAGAAGAAGAAAAAGCAGAAGGAAAAAAAAUAGAAAAAGAAAUGUCCAACAGGAUAUCAUUCCCCCAACUAAAUUCCCUUAAGAUGAAAAAUCUUGGAAAUUUAGUUGGAUUCUGCUCAGAGAAUUAUUUUCUCGAAUUCCCAUCCUUGAAGCUUUUGGAGAUAGAUAAUUGUCCUCAAUUGAAGGAAUUCAUGCACAAAUCUCUGAGAACAGACAUCACAACUGUCAGUCAAGCUGUAGAAAUAAACACAGAGAGGGAUUACCAUUUUUCUACACAAGCUCUUUUCAGCGAUAAGGUUGCAUUUCCCAGCUUGAAGAUAUUGAAAAUCUUCUACUUGAAAACUGUGAAGAUUAUAUGGCACAACUUACUCCAUACAGAUUCCUUUUGCAAACUAAAGGAAAUGAAGGUUGGUUUUUGCAAUGAUUUGUUGACAAUUUUUCCUUCUAAUAUGGUGGGGACAUUCCAGAGAAUCAAAACACUAAUAGUUAGCAAUUGUGAAUCACUGCAACAUAUUUUUGAAAUCAAGGUGUUAGACAUCAAAGAUACAAAUCCUGUAGCCACCCAACUAAGAGAAUUGUACAUCUUUCAUCUUCCAAACCUGAAGCAUGUCUGGCAUGAGGAUCCUGGAGACAUUCUUACCUUUCAAAAUAUGCGUAUAAUGCAUGUUCGGGAUUGUUGGAGCCUAAAAAGUCUUUUUCCAGCAUCAGUGGCAAAAGGUCUAAAACAACUCAAAGAUCUUACAAUUAAUUGUUGUGGAUUGGAAGAGGUUGUUUCAAAGGAGGAAGGAUUGAAACAAGCUGUUAAUAAUUUUGUCUUUCCUCAAGCCUGCUAUCUUACUCUUUGGAACCUGCCUGAACUUAAAUGUUUUUACCCAGCUAUGUAUGAGAUAGAAUUGCCAAAGUUAAAAAUGUUGAAGACUUAUCAUUGUGGCAAAGAAAAUAUACUUGGGAUACAAGAACAUCAUUCCUCAAUCCAAACGCCGCUUGCCCUGAUUGAAAAGGUCAUCCCUAAUUUGGAGGAAUUGUCAUUAAACAGCAAUGACAUUUCUACAAUAUGCAAUCAUCAGUUUCCAGGACCCUUUGGUAAAAUAAAAGUUCUUCAAGUGCUUUGCUACCAUGACAAAUCAGCUGUUUUUCCAUUUUGGCUUCUCCAAGAAUUCAACAAUCUGGAGAAGCUUGAGGUGAUUUGUUCUGAAUUCAAAGAGCUCUUCAGCAAUGAAGGAAAGGCCAGUGAAAAGAUGCCGGCAAGGAUACUUAAACAAAUUAGAAAAUUAAAACUGGAUAGUCUUCCUAAUCCAAGGCAUAUAUGGAAGCAAAACUCACAACUAGAUCAUGUUCUCCCAAAUCUUGAAACUCUUGAAGUUUGGAGAUGUGAUGGAUUGAUUAGUUUAGGAUCAUCCUCAGUAUCCUUUCAGAAUCUGACAACUUUGGAUGUUUGGCAGUGCAAAGGGAUUGUAACCUUAAUUACAUCCUCAACAGCACGAAAUUUGGGGCAACUAAUAAAAAUGAGGAUAAGAGAAUGCAUCAUGGUGACAGAAAUAGUUUCAAAUUGGGGAGAUGGCUCAGAAACCGAGAUCAUUUUUAGCAAGUUGAAAUGUUUGGAACUUCAUUAUGUACCAAAUCUCAAAAGCUUCUGUUCAGGGAAAUACGCCUUUCAGUUUCCAUCUUUGGAACAAAUUAUUGUGAGGCAAUGCCCUAAGUUGAAGAUCUUUUGUCAGGGAGACUUAAGCACCCCAGAGUUGUAUAAAGUACUACUAGCAGAAGAGGAUUAUAAGUGGUUUUGGGCAGGUGACCUCAAUACCACCAUAUAUCAGUUGCACGUAAACAUGGUAAGAUACUAUGAGCCAGAAUAUUUGAAACUUCAUGAGUUUCCUGAGCUGGAGGAAACAUGGAAUAAAAUUCCUCAAGGAAUUUUGGAUUUUAAGAGACUCAAAUUUCUGGAACUUUAUAGCUGCAACAACUUGAGCUACAUUUUCACUGCUCCCAUGACUCUAGAACUUGUGCAACUUCAGCAGAUAAAGGUCAAAAAUUGCAAAGCUAUUAAAGAAAUCAUCAAAGAUGAGGGAGCAACCACAGAGAAGAUCAUAUUCUGUCAGCUUAACUCAAUAACUCUCAAAUCUUGUUUGGGCUUGGCAAGUUUUUAUCUAGGAAGUUCUGCAUUGGAAUGCCCAAACUUGAAGGAAAUUACAUUAGUUGAUUGUCCACAUAUGGUUGCAUUUGCAUCUAUAGUUUCACAAAAGCUAGACAUAGAGAUCAUUGAUGGAGGAAAUACCAAGAUGCUUGGCAAGGGCAUUCCUGAUGUCUCUGCUGCACCCUUUUUCGGUGAUAAGGUGUCAUUACCUGUGUUAGAGGAUUUGACAAUCAUAGACAUGGGAAACUUGGAGAGGCUAUGGGAUGACCAACUUGAGAUGAAUUCCUUCUUCAAACUAAAGCACUUUAAAGUGCAUGGGUGUUUGAAACUAUCAAAGGUUUUUCCCCUUAAAAUGUUGGGAAGACUUCAGAGACUUAAAAAUCUGCAAAUAAUGAAGUGUGCUUCGCUUGAAGAAAUAUUUGAAUCUAAAUUGACUGCGGCAGAAAAAAACAAUAAGUUGGUAUUUCCUCAUGCGACAUACCUGAACCUUUCUAUGCUACCAAAACUGAAGAGUUUCUACUUCGGGAUGCACACUACGGAAUGGCCAUCAUUGACAAAAAUGGAUGUUUAUGGAUGUGACCAUGUGGAGAUAUUUGCUUUGGAAUACCCGGGCUCCCAAGAAACACAAGGACAAAGUCAACUUCAGCCACCCCUGUUUUGGAUCAAUAAGGACACAUUCCCCUGUUUAGAAGAACUGAGAAUGGAGUGCAAUGCACACAUGAAAGAGAUAUGGCAUGGACAACUUCCAGAAGGGUAUUUUAAACUGAAAGUUCUUGAACUGAUAAAUUUUCAUGCACAAGUAACUGUUCUUCCAUCUUAUUUCUUUCGGUCAUUAUCAAAUCUUGAAAAGUUAGUUGUGAGUGAUGCUUCCUUUAAUGAAAUAUUCCAAUGUGAAGAACUUGGUGGUGAGGAGAAACAGGAAAGAGCAAUUGCUCAGUUAAGCGGUUUGAGGUUAUCAAAACUCCAUGAACUGACACAUCUUUGGAAGGAGAAUUUCAAACCUGGAGCAAUUUUCUAUAACAUGAGAGCUCUAGAAGUGCAUGAUUGUGGUAAAUUAAAGAUUUUAGUGCCUUCCUCAGUGUCUUUUGAGAAUUUGACAACUCUAGAGGUGUCAAGAUGUCAGGGACUUAAACAUUUAAUUGCACACUCCACAGCUAAAAGCCUGGUGCAGCUUACGAGAAUGAGUGUAACAGAUUGCAAAAUGAUAGAAGAAAUCAUAGCAUGCUCAGGUGAUGAAGUGGAUCAAAGCAUUGUUUUCCCUCGGCUAAAGUGUUUGGGACUUAGUUGUCUGCCAAACUUAGAAGGAUUUUGCUUGAGGAAUUACACCUUCCAAUUUCCUUCCUUGGAAGCUGCAAUUUUGAGACACUGCCCAAAGAUGAAAAAUUUGCCUCAGGAAAAUUUACGACUUAUGUAUUCAACUGAUGAAGAUGAAGGGCAUUGGGAAGGUGACCGGAACACCACCAUACAACUUUUAUUCAUGGAAACAGUUGAAUACCGUGCGAUUGAGUAUUUGGUACUCUCUGAUUCUUCCAAGUUGAUGGAUAUAAGGAACUGGAAUCCACAAGGAAUUUUGGACUUUAAAAACCUUAAAUUUCUGAAAGUUUAUAACUGUAGAACCUUGAGAUAUGCAUUUAACCCUUCCAUGGCCAUGGACCUGGUGCAUCUUGAAAAACUUGAGAUUCAUGAUUGUCAGAUGUUGAAAGAGGUAAUAACCACACAAGGAUUAGCAAAAACAGAAAGGAUGAGCAAGAAACUGUUCCCUAAACUGGCCUCGUUAUUGUUUAAUGCCCUUCCUAAUCUCACAAGAUUUUGCUCAGGAAAUUACUUUGAAUUCCCCACCUUGAAAGAACUUUGGGUACAGAGCUGCCCUAUGUUGAAGACAUUCAUCUCUGGUUCUCUAACUAGAAACAAUUCAGGGCAGUAUCUUCAUACUGAUUUGACAGUUCUAUUUGAUGAAAAGGUAACAUUCCCUUCCUUGGAGAAAUUAGGAAUCAUUGACAUGGGAAGCCUAAGAAAGAUAUGUAAUGACCAGUUUUCUGCGGAUUCAUUCUCCAAACUAAAAGUUCUGAAGCUCAUAGGUUUACCUAAGCUAUCAGAUAUUCUUCCAUCUUGUUUCUUUCUCUCAUUGUCCAAGCUUGAAAAGCUUGUUGUGGAUGAUGCUUCCUUUACAGAAAUAUUUCAAUGUGAAGGACUUGGGGAAAAAACACAGGCAUGGGAACUUGCUGAUUUUAGUGAUUUGCGACUGUCUAAACUUCCUGAGUUGACUCAUCUCUGGAAAGAGGAGUUUCAUUCUCAACCUGGAAUACUUUUCCAAAACCUGAGAACUCUAAAAGUAUUGGAAUGUCCCAAAUUGAAGAGUUUAGUGUCAUCCACAGUGUGUUUUAAAAAUCUAACUACUCUGGAAAUAUCAAGGUGUCAUGGAUUUAUUAAUUUAAUAACACCCUCAACAGCAAAAAGCAUGGUGCAACUAAAAAGAAUGAGGAUAACAGAUUGCAAAAUGAUGGAAGAAAUCAUAGCAAAUAGUGGUGAUAAAGAGAAGGAUGGCAUCAUUUUCAAGCAACUGGAGAUUCUCAGACUUCAAAGCUUACCAAGGCUUCGGAGCUUCUGCUCUGGGUACUAUCACUUUGAGUUCCCAGAUUUGGUUGAAUUUAUUGCAACAGAAUGCCCUGAGUUGAGUGUGUUCUCCAAAGGAGAAAUAAGCACACCAUUGCUACGAAGGGUAUGUCUAACAGGAGAAGAUGAUAGGCCUCUUGUAAAUCAGGACCUUAAUACCACCUUAAAAGGAUCAUACACAGAAAAGAGUCGGAAUGAGGUGAAAGACUUGGAGUUUCUGGAAUGGAUGCUAUCAGAUCUCUGGAGACCUUCAGUUGAGUGAAGUUCAAGUGAAUUUUAUCUCCAAAUUUGUUGUGGGAGGGUAAUCUUAUCAGGUCUUAAGUCUCUACGUUUCUUUUUCUACUUUGCUCUAUUUUGUUUCCUUCAUUGAAUGGAAUCCAAAGAUAUGAAACUGGAUUUCUACUAUUGUGAAUCCUACUUUCUGCAUUUUAUUAUUUCCUUCGGAUAUGAAAUUGUUAAGGCUCAUGUAACUAUGAAAUGAAUCCAAUCUUACAAACUUGAGGGUGUUUCUUUUCCUUUUGAACCGGCAGCAAAUGCCUUUUGUUCUGCUGCUUGCCAUUUUAAUCUCUUUCUCCUUUUAUCUUCGAGCUAUAUGUAGUUGAGUCACACUUGUAAAUGGUGAAUACCUACGUAAUUCUUUGUUAAGUUUGGA